AUGGCUGCUCGACGAGCCGUACGAAGGGUGUCUCGCGCAGCCGGGCACCACUCAGCUCCAUCCCCCGUGCCCCCCACCUCCGAGCCCUCCUCCCGCUCUGCGAGUCCGUCCACAUAUGCUUCGGAUGCCGAGGAUGAGGUGGACAAAGAGCUCUCCAGCCUUGCAUCGAAGGCAAUGACUUUCUCCAGCCCCGCCAAUGGCGAGACCUGGGGCAAUAUAGCCCCUAAGCAGGCCACCAGCACUACGAAGCCGUUUCGGUUCAUGGACCUCCCGAUCGAGCUGCGCAUGGAGAUUUACAAGCAUUACUUCGACCUUGGGGACCGCGUUAUUGACCUCGACUAUGACAACUACAAGAUUAUCUACCCUAAGAUGCGCAUAUUUUGGACAUGCAGGACAAUAUACCGAGAAGCCUCCCAUGUCUUCUACAGCACACACACAUUUCGCAUCUUCCCCACACAACCAGGGCGCUUCUUUAAGACCAAGAGGCCCUUACUUGCUCGACUGAAGCCGUGGCAACGACAGAAACUUACCUCGCUGGAGCUGCGGCUGGGCCCCGGCUGGGCUAAGCCUCCAAAGGGCUGGGUCGUGAAUGACACCCUGGGACUUUAUGAAUGCAUCAAUGUUCGCAAGCUUACCAUCUUCGUGCAGGUUGAUCCCAGCGAUGGUUAUUUCAAGGGAUUCCGCAAGGCAGAUGGCUUUUACGAAACCUUUUCCAAGCAACUCUUGGACGGCGUGUUGAAGGAACUGCCUUCUCUCGACGAUAUCUGUUUUGAUGCUUGGAGUGGCGUCAAAAAAUCGGGCGCCAUGAUUCAGGGCUUGCUCCAAGUCGCUUCUAAGCAUAAGAAACGGGUCUGCUGGGGACCAGAAAUCGAACAGCACGAAGCGGGACAACAAGACAAAGAGAAGGCUGCACUGGCCCUGCUUGACGCACCGCUUAGGAGCAAGUGCUGA